AUGCCCAGAGUAAUCUCUCCAGACCAGCAGAACAUCUAUGAUGUCGCUAUAAUUGGCUCGGGGCUGGGGGGUCUCUCAGCUGCUGUCGCCCUUCGUCGCCAGGGGCAUAAUGUCACCAUAUACGAGCGGUACGAUUUUGGCGGCGAGGUUGGCGCAUCCCUCUCGGUGGCUUCCAAUGGGUCCCGCUUGUUGCAAGAAUGGGACGUCGAUAUCAAAGCAGCGAAACCCGUCAUUUUAAGGUCGCUCAUUAUGCACGAUUGGGCGACCGGUGAAGUCACGAACACUUAUGACCUGGGAGACUACCGCGCAAAAUUCGGCACCGAUUAUAACAAUUUCCACCGAAUCGAUCUGCACAAUCUGCUCAAACAAACCGCAGUGCAAGAAGCUGGUAAAGGAAGACCGUGCAAGCUUGAAAUUUGGCACAAAGCAAUCGAAGUUGAUCCCGAGACCGGUGUGAUUGUCUUUGAGAACGGGAAGAAGGCUACCGCCGACGUGAUCAUCGCGGCCGACGGUAUUCGAUCACUCAUACGGCCGCAGCUCGGCGUCACUCCGAAGUUUGUCGCCUCAACGUCUUGUUGUUAUCGCUGCACCAUACGUGCGGAUCGAUUGCGAGAACUCGGCCUCGAAGAAUAUCUGAACAACAAUGCGAUCGAAUUCUGGGGAGGAUAUGGCAUUAACAAAAUUGUCUUGUCCGCAUGUUCGGACAACAAUGUCGUUUCCUGCUACUGCUUCUACCCGGCCGAGCUCAACGAUAUACGGGAAGAUGGUUGGAAUUUAUCGUCCACACCAGAAAAUUUGGUCGCAACAUUUCCGGGGCUGGAUCCUAAAUUGCACCAACUUUUCAUGAACGCCGAGGACAUCAAGAUGUGGCGGCUGUACAAUCACGAGCCAUAUCCGCGAUGGGUUGUCGGUAACUGUGCGUUAUUGGGCGAUGCAGCUCAUCCCAUGGUGCCGGAUCAGAGUCAAGGAGCAUGCAUGGCGAUCGAGGAUGCUGGUGCGUUGGGAAUAAUCUUCAGUUCCAACUAUAGCCACUUCAGCGUGCCGGACAAACUCAAGUUGUACGAGUUGGUCCGCAAAGAGCGUGCCACCCGAGUGCAGUCGGCGAGUGCUCGUGCCCGAACCGACCUCAGUGAAAGGAUCGGAUGGAGCAGCUCCAAGGAUCGACCGGGAAAGCUGACAAUUGAAGAAAUAUGCGGGUAUAAUAUGCACGAGCAUGUUGCGCAGCUGGCCGAUCAUCUUCAUGAAUGA